GUGAACGAAGCGCACGCGACUGAGUUGACAGAGUUAUGGCGCCUAGCACGCGCGCACCGACUCGGGAGAAAAACGAGACACCCAGAUUAAGGAAGCCCGCGGUAGAGAAACUGCGCAGAGAUCGCAUCAACACAGGGAUCGAGCGCCUGAAACGGCUGCUUAAGGACGAACUGAAUCCUAAACCCAAGCUGGAAAAGGCGGACAUUUUAGAAACGGCGGUUGCGUACUUGAAAAAAAGCAAGGGGCUGGCGCGCGCCUCUCCGGACCAGCGCUACGCUGACGGCUUCGCGCGCUGCUUGGAAGAGACCGCGCGCUUUCUCACGGUGCAUAACCGAGUCGAAAAGGGCAGACACAUCGCGAUGAGCAGUCUGGGUCAUGCAAUACAUCCUAAAGCGACCGGAAGUAUCAGCGUGAGUGUGAAUGCUGUCAAGAGUACCCCUGAACGCAUCGGGACAGUUUGGAGGCCGUGGUGAUUCCUAACAAUAACAAAAACAAGACCCUUACUGAGCCAUGUUCAUGGUGCUCUUAUUGCAUAGAGUAUCACUGUGUUAAUGUAAACAGAAGCUGUUUUAGUGCAAAUAACUUCGCCUGUGUGAAGCUAAUAAUUCUUUACAAAUUGUAAAAUAAUAAUAAUAGUAUUAAUAAUAAUAAAUAAUAAUAAGCCAUAUCUAGAAGGGGGAAGGUGUGUAGACACUAGGCCCAAAAACACUAGUCCACUAAAAUAGAAACUGUCUGGUACAGGAAGCCCAAAAUUCCUGUUGUUGCUCCUGAUGUCAAGUGUUUGAAUUCCUGUGAAUAUUGUCUAUAGAGACCUUGAUUAAUAUUGUUGUUAUUAUUAUAAUAAUUAUUACCUGUAUUUGAUCUAUCAUAUUGAUAGAAUUGUCUGAAGUAUGUCUGUAACAAGACAGUAAAAAGUAACCUGGAUAUUAGUGUUUGGUUUGGUGUCUUGAUUUAUGAAUACUGUACCUGCAAACCAUUAAGGAGGAUCAGAUUUGACAUAUUUUCCAUUCUAAACCACUGGUGUAUUUUAUGAUUUAUUUUAUGAUUUACACCACAUAUAUGGUGUAAACAGACUAUAUUAUACUGUAUAACUUCUUCUUCUUAUUAUUAUUAAUAACUACCUCUACAUUUAUUUGCAUAGCAAGACUUCGCACAACUUCACCUUCAGUAACUGCUUCAUCCUGGACAGGGUAGUGGAGGAUCCGGAACUUAUUCAGGGAGCACUAGGCGCAAGGUGGGAAUAGAUUCUGAAUGGGAUGCAAGUCCAUCACAUGGAACUACACACACACACACACACACACACACACUUAUCCAUACCACUGGACAAUCAAGUGUAGCCAAUUCAAACGUACCUCCCAGAUAUUUCAGGGAAGUGAGAGGAAACUGGAGAAUGUAGAGGAAACCCACAUGGACAUGGGUAAAACAGACAGUAGGUAACCCAAGCACAGGAUCGAACCAGGGACACUGGAGCUGUGAGGUGGCAAUGCUACCUUCUGCACCACCAUGUUACACUAUACUAAUCAAAGUAUUACCUCUACAUUUAUUCACAUAGUAACACUUAGAUUGGUGGCCAGUAAACGGACAUACUGUAUACUCUUAUCAAUCAUUCCUUUUAAUCCGUCAGUAAUACACCAAUUCUCAUCAAAUAAAUCUAACACUGGAAUAACACUGUCAGAAUGCCAUACCAUGAUCUCAAUAAAAAUGUUCAUCCUUUUAUGUAAACAGUGUAUUGACAUGAAACUGUAUGUCACACUCACUGUUUUCUCACUUUAUCACUGCAAAUUCAUUCACAUUUCUUCACAAGUCAUAAUAUUGCAAGUGCAAUCCAUUACAGCUUUAUUAGUAUGAAAUACAUCAGCUUUGCUAAUCGGAAUCCAAACAUAAGAUCAGGGUUGUCAUACUGGCGAUCGUAUCCUGAAUGAAACAACUAAUUAAACUAAACAUGACACUGGGACUUUGUCUUAAGUGUCUCUUCUUCAGAACACACGUAUUUGAUCAAUGUUCUGUCCAAAUUGACACACUGCCACCCCCCAGUAGUAAACUGUGAAUCGUGCAAGACAGACAGGAUCAACAGGUGGUAAAUUACUAGUUAAUUCAUUCAUUCUUCAGUAACUAAAAUAAGUGCUUUAUCCUGGCCAGGGUGGCUGUAGAAUUUACCCUGCAUGGGACACCAGUCAAUCACAGGUCACCAUACAUAUUCACACACACAUUCAUACUUAGAGGCGAUUUAAUAUAGUCAAUUUUCCUACCAGCAUGAUUUCUGGAGGUGGGAGGAAAAUGGAGAACCCGGAGGAAACCCGCAGGGGCACAGACAGUAACCCAGGGUCAGGGCUGAACCAAGGAUUCUAGGGAUUGGCUACUCUAAACUGCCCCUAGAUGUCAAUAAGUGUCUGAAUGUGUGUGCAUGGAGUCCUGUGAUGGACUGACAUCCCAUUCAUGGUGAAUUCACACCAGA